AUGGUACCACAGCAUCCCCUGCCCUUCCUCCUGCCCCUCCUCUUCUGCUCCCCUCCUGCCUCUCCUCCCACCCCUCCCCACUCUGCUCCUCCCUCCGCCACCUCCCUCCGGCGGCCUCCCCGACGAUCUCUUCCUCGCCGCGCCCACUCCCUCUCCAUCACCUCCCCCGACUCCUUCUCCCGACUCCUAUCCCUCCACGGCGCCGACCUCGUCAAAAAGACCACCUCAACGCCUUUGGAAUCAUGGAGGGGAUCGGCGAGGCAGCGGAAGGUUCGGGCUUAUGGGAUUUACCCUUUGGCGUCUCUUUUUAAUCACGAUUGCUUGCCGAAUGCUUGUAGGUUUGAUUAUGUGGACGGGGUGGGUAGGGAUGGGAGGGGGAAUACGGAUAUUAUUGUGAGGGCGGUUCAUGAGAUAUCGGAGGGGAGGGAGGUUUGCUUGAGCUAUUUUCCGGUGAAUUGGGUGUAUAAGGAGAGGCAAAAGAGGCUGGGGGGGGGGUUUGGGUUUGUUUGUGAGUGUGAUAGGUGUUUGGUUGAGAGGGAGUGGAAGGAUGAGGAGGAGGAGGAGGGGAGUGAUGAGGGGAUGGAUGUUGAGGUGGAGAUGGAGGAGGAAGAUUUUCCGCAUGCUUAUUUUUUCGUGAAGUUUGUGUGUGAUGUCGAGGGGUGUGGAGGGACGUUGGCGCCUUUGCCACCAUCGAUGGAGGGAGUUGUGUCGGAUGUGAUGGAGUGUAAUGUGUGUGGGAGGUUAAAGAAGGAUGAGGAUUGUAAUGGGGACGGAGAUAUGGUUGACGACGAGUGAGAUGCUAUUGGAACGUGAUGAAGAUGUACAUUUUCAUGAGCUCUGGAGAAACUCAGCUUUGAAGAAGGUCAGUUUUGACCCGCUUCUUAAGAUUAUUCUCCGUCUAGAUUGAAUCUAGAUUAUAGCUAUGUUGUGAGAGUUUUCUGGCUGCAGUCUUGGGUUACAAAUAGAUUUCUGUAGUCUGUAUGGUUUUUCUUGGUUGUAGCAGUUUUUUCUACGUGAAACAUUAAUGUGAAGUAGAAUUAUGAGAGAGAUUUUUUCAUCUGAACUGUCUGCAGUCUCUCCUGGAGAGGAAUGUUAUGUAUUGAUGAUUCUCACUUAUAAACACCUUAAUAUAUGCGAUUUUUGUGCACUGCAGCAUCUUUUAAGA